UGAGGCCCUGUGCUCAUGGCGCUGUACCAGCUCUUCUCCCAUCCGGCCGAGCGUGGCUACCGCGCUGGGCUCUGCUCCAAGGCCGCUCUCUUCCUGCUACUGGCCACCGCGCUCACCUACAUCCCCCCUCUGCUGGUUGCCUUCCGGACCCACGGGUUUUGGCUGAAGCGGAGCAGCUACGAGGAGCAGCCGAGCGUGCGCUUCCAGCACCAAGUGCUGCUCGUAGCCCUGCUGGGACCCGAACCCGGAGCCUUUCUCUCCUGGAGCACGUUCCCCACCUUCAACCGGCUACAGGGAGUUCACUUGCGCAUCCCGCUCGUGUCGACCAGAGAAGAAGACAGGAACCAGGAUGGGAAAAUGGAUGUGCUACAUUUUAAACUUGAACUUCCCCUGCAAGCCACGGAGCAUGUUUUCGGGGUGCAGCUUAUGCUGACCUUCUCCUACCAACUGCAUAGGAUGUCAACAUUCGUGAUGCAGAGCAUGGCGUUUCUUCAGUCCUCCUUUGCUGUUCCUGGGUCACAGUUGUAUGUCAAUGGCGAUCUAAGGCUACAGCAGAAGCAGCCACUGAGCUACCGAGGCCUGGAUAUCAGAUACAAUGUAUCUGUGAUCAAUGGCACUAGUCCUUUUGCCCAUGACUACGACCUCACUCGCAUUGUUGCCGCCUAUCAGGAGAGGAACGUUACCACUGUCCUGAGUGACCCCAACCCCAUCUGGCUGGUGGGCAGGGCUGCCGAAGCGCCCUUUAUAAUCGACGCUGUCAUCCGGUAUCCUGUGGAAGUCAUUUCUUACCAGCCAGGCUUCUGGGAAAUGAUUAAGUUUGCCUGGGUUCAGUAUGUCAGCAUCCUGCUCAUCUUCAUCUGGGUAUUUGAAAGAAUCAAAAUCUUCGUGUUUCAGAACCAAGUAGUGACCUCCAUUCCUGUAGCCGUGCCCCAGGGAGAGUUGGGUAAAGAGCACUUAUCCUGAGAAGACCCCACCAGGAGACUCUAAGGGACCAGGACAUCCCUGUCUUCUGGGAACUGUCAUUUUAUAACCUUUCUGCAAAGAGCCUGCUGGACACUUGGAGGCUUGCAUGGUUUCCCCUCAGAGACAAAGACCCAUUCUCCUGACCUUACACUCCACAAGCCCUGUGCCUUCAAAGCACCUAGGAAAUCCACAAGGCCAAGUUUGUGGAAAGGAUUACAGGGUUACAAGAGGCUAUGAUUUUUGUUUGGUUUUGUUUUUUGUUUAUGCUUUGGUCUUGGAUUUCAAGAGAAAAUUGCAGUCAGCUCAUGCAUCUUUGAAGGAAUCUGGUCAAAGACUUUACCUCUUUUGAACUGGAAUGCCGGGCGCACUUGUCCCCCAGUAUAAGCUACUUUUUAGCUUCUUUGUGGCUUUCACGAGAAAUAUGCAAGUCUCUAGUACUUUCCACUCCUAAUAUCUACACAAUGCCCAUUCAGAACUUUGAUUUCCAGAACUGAAGCCUUUGACUGGAGAACUGAAGGGGGCAGGGCAGAGCCUAAAUACAAGAGUCCCAGAAACAGACACGUGCAGUUGGGUAACUUAAGGGCAGGAGGACCAGACACCUGCCUUCGGGCUAAUAGAUGGGGUCUGUCAUCAGCUCAGCUCAACAGCCCUCUGUUCCUGCCCUACAGUGGCUGGCUCUAUGCCCUGUUUCUUGCCCUCUGUCUGUGCCCCCGGGAUGGCGGCUGAAGUCAGAAGUGCUGUUUCAUUCUGUCUGUCCUCCCCUACCCCCAGCAGCAGGGAAGGACGUCAGGCUUCUAACAACAGGUUCUUUCUCUCUGGCCUUCACCCAACAGUCUGGCCACUUGCCACUCCUCUUUGAUGGCCUUCCCCCUUUCUGAAAGGAUAUGGGUGGCAGAGGGGUAGUUGGUGGUCUUGGCUUCCAUUGCCUGACAACCGCAGGGUUUAUUUGAAGGCUGAGCUGAAAACUCAGUUGCUUGCAGUUCUGUUGACUAAGGAGCAGGGUACUCAGCAGAGGGGAGGCUUUGGGGAAGCGGGAGGAGCAGCAAGUAAAGAAGAGGCUAAGCGAGCAUCUGACAGAGGAACUAGCAGCCCAGCCAGGCAGCCCUCUCAUCUAAAGGUGUAUCUAAAAGGAACAUGGCCAGAACAAGCUUCUACUUUGCAUAGAAAGUUGUUAUUUGGCCUCAUUCUUGGGCUGAGCAAGUGAGCAUCUUAA